AUGUCUGAAUUACGUAUGGAUGUCGUAUUUACAGAUACUUAUUGUUUUGCUGGAGAACCUCUUUCAUGUGUUAUAACUUUUACACGUGCAGAAUUGGACGAUCAAGAAGUAGAAAAUUUUAAGAAAGAUGCUGAAUUGCUUUCAGAAUCUUUAAAUGAAUCUCGGUUUUUGGGAACAGAUCAAUCGUCUUCAAUUUUGCAAAAAACAAGUGAAAAUUCGUUAUUUUUAGUUGAAAAUAAAGAAAACUUAAAGGUUAAAAAGUCAAAUGAGUUAAAGAAAUUUGGCUCAAUUUCUUCAAGAAAGUCUGUAGUUGGUUCUGUUGAAAAAGCGGGAGAUACCGUGGAAGUGGAAUUGGUGAAAGAAAAAGUAGUCUCGGCUUCUGAUUCAUUUGCUCAGAAUAAAGACACGUUGCCAGAAGUUUCAAAAACUGAUGGAUUAAAUGAAAAAGUAUCUUUGCAAGAAUCUCAACAAGAUAUUAGUUUUACUUAUGAUCUUAAUAACAAGAAAAAAGAUUUCGAGGAUGAAUUAAAAUCUAACAUACACUUAGAUGAACCUUCUAUGACUUUUAAAGAUUCUUUUCAAAAAGAGAAUAAAGAGACAUUGAUGAUAGGAUAUGUUCACGUUAUUGGAUAUUUUAUUUUGAAUGAAAAAAUAGUUAAAAUUGAUGAGUUUGAAGAUCUUACGAUUAAUAAGGAUUCUGAAAAAUCUAUUAAAAGUGGUCUAGUUAAUAUCUAUCCUCAAACCAAUCAAAAGACAGGUUUUAUUGGUCAAUUAGGUUUAUUUAAUAAUGGACUAAAUAAUUUUUUAAAAAAUCAAUUUACAGGUUCUUUGAAUGACUUUAAAGAAAUGAAAAACUCGAAAUAUAUUCCUAUACUUUCUCUUCCGCCGUCUAUUCUUUUCAUUGAUCUUCAAUUAGCUCCAGGAGAAAGCCGUAGUUUUGGUUAUAAGUUUACAUUGCCUCCUCAACUGCCUCCUACUUAUGAUGGUAAAUCUAUAAAAAUAAGUUAUCAUUUAUCUAUUGGAACGCAGCGUUCAGGUAAUGACAUACAACAAUUAAAAAUAUCAAAAAUUCCAUUUCAAGUUUUAUCUAGAAUUGAUGAAACUGGGAAUCAUAUUAUAUAUGAUCUUUUUUCUCCUAUAACUUUUUCUACUGACCAGGCACAUACUUUUGUUUGUAAAUCAUCAGAGGAUAUUUCUGAUCUAUUAAAUCUAAACAGAAAUGCGAAAAAUCUUUACUCUUAUGAAGAAGAUGAUAAGUGUUCAAAAGAAGAUUUUAUUAAUUAUUUAUCAGAACAUUUGCAUGAUGAUUCUUUGAAAAACUUGCUUUUAUCAGAUGACAUUAAAAAAGAUAUGAAUACAUCUUCUAAUACUUCUGAGUUAACAAAAGGUCCUAUCAUUGAUAUGAGAAGAAUGAUAAACAAUAUAACUAGAAAUAGUUUAUUAUACAACAAUCUUUCUAAUAAAAGAUUUAAUAUUAAUAAAAAUGGGAAUGUAAUUGGUGUUGUAUCAAUCCCAAAAUCAUUUUACAAGUUAGGCGAAACAAUAGACGGCGUUGUUGAUUUUUCAUCUGCAAAAUUACCAUGUUAUCAGGUAAAAUUUUUCUUGCAAACAACAGAAAUAGUUGAUUCGUCAAUUUCUAUAUCUUCAAAGGCUAAUAUUUUACAAACUCGUAAAAUAUACGAUAGUUGUUCAGAAAUUACUUUAUAUGCCUCUAGAAUACAGUUUAAACUUACUAUUCCUACUACUGCACCUCCUUCUUUUAAAACUUCUGCGAUUUCUUUAUUAUGGGCAGUACGCUUAGAAAUUACAAUGCCAUUGGUUCAUAAACAAUCCGAUCAAAUAGAAUCUUCCUUUGGGUCUUCACCUAUGUUAAAAUUGAUGAAUGAAAACCAUAAAGAUUAUCGAGAAACACUUUAUCUUGCAUCUUCUUCUUUAGAAUGUGGGGUCUUCGAUUGUAUAAUACCUAUUACAACUUUUCCUUUGCUAAAGUUCUCUGAUGCUUCGAAUAUUUUUAGUACAUCAUUUUUCCUUUAG